GUUGAUGACGUUGAGGAAAUGGCCGCUCUCGCCGUGUCUUGCGGGUAGUUUUAUUUUCUCCACCAUAGCGGUUAAAUUAAACCGUAUAAAAUUUAUUGCGGAUUGUUACAAAACCAAUAUCAGCGGGAGAGGGCAGUUCGGAACGCAGCAGUGCCGUCUUUAAAGAGCUCCGGGUCGGCAAGAUUAUUGUUUUUCUGUUUACAUCAGAAAAUUAUCUAAUGGAUACUCCUGAAAGCCCUAUCCAGUCCCCUCAGUCUCCUGAGGAGGAGGAGAAGGGCCUUUCUGACAGUGAGCUCCUAGAUUCUCCUGAUGAAGAGGAGGACGGGGUCAUCUCAGACAGCGAGUUAGUCCAUGGAGAGGAGAAUGGGGCCCUGGGUGAGGAGGACGAUGAGGAAGAGGCAGUGGAAAGCAGAGGAAGAGGUUUGGAGUUAGAGGAGGAGAGGGAAGAAGAGGAUGAGGUGGUCCCUGACUUUGUCUCUGACCCAGAGGAUGAGGAGCCUGUAGGAGAAACAGAAGGAAUGGGCCUGAACGAUGGGACCAUUAUCCUGGGGGGUGAAGACGGACCACACGGGGACCACUUAGAAGGGGAGGAUGAGCGAGAAGGAGAAGAUCAAGAGGAUAGAGUCAUUGACACCCCACAGUCUCCAGACUCAGAGCCAGAACAGGGCAAGAACUUCAUUACUGAAGAGGACGGAGAAGAUGGGGAAGGAGGAUAUAGUGACUACAGAAAGGAUGCCUCAUUAGAGCUUGAAACAGCUGAUUUGGAUGAGGAGGAGGAGGAGGAGGAAGACAAAAGCAAGGCCAAGGAAAAAGAGGAUGAAAGAAUGAGAGCUGAGGAAGAGGACAGGAGGAGAGCUGUCGUGGUGAGAGAGAUGAAGGAUGACUCAGCAUCUGUUUCACGGGAGCUUGACGAGCACGAACUGGAUUACGAUGAGGAGGUCCCAGAGGAGCCCAGUAUCCCUGUACAUGAGGAAGAUGAAGAUGAAGAAGACCCAAAAGCAGAGGGAGAAGAAGAGGAUGAGAGUGAAGACAAGAUCAGUAAGAAGAAGGAGAAGAAACCAAUCCUUCCCCCAUCUCCUAAAGACAGUUUGAAGAGGACAGACAACUCCAAAGGGCCUGAGAGGAUGCGCAGAGAUUCCUUCCGAGACAAGAAGAAGGAUGAAGAUGAUGGAGAGAUUGACGAAGGAGAGAUUGAUGAUGAUGACCUGGAGGAGGGGGAGGUCAAAGAUCCCUCAGACAGGAAGAUCAGACCACGUCCUAUCUGCAGGUUCUUCAUCAAAGGAAAUUGUACUUGGGGUAUGAACUGUAGGUUCAUCCAUCCCGGAGUUAAUGACAAAGGUAACUAUUCCCUCAUCACAAAACCAGACCUCUUCUCACCUAAUGGAGCGCCUCCUGGAGGACCACACCCUCUCAUCCCCAAUAAUCCCUGGGCUGGACCUGCAGUGGAGGAGCUCCCUCCACCACCUCCUCCAGUGGAGCCUCCUGUCGAGAGUGCCUGGGAGAGAGGUCUCAGGCAUGCCAAAGAGGUUCUGAAAAAGGCCACCAUCCGUAAGGAGCAGGAGCCAGACUUUGAGGAGAAGCGUUUCAAUGUGACCAUCGGAGAGGACGAGAGAGAAUUUGACAAAGAGAAUGAUUUCUUCAGAGAACGCAGCUACCGCAUCAUCAGAGAUGAAAUGGACUUCAGAGAUCCUAUAUAUGGUGACCCAUAUGCUGAUCCAUACUAUGACUAUGAAAUGGAGGCCCUAUGGCGAGGUGGCCAGUAUGAAAACUUCAGAGUGCAGUACACAGAAGCUCCCCUUCCGUACUACAGUGAGCGUGAACGCGAUCACGACCCUCGGGAGCGUCACCGGGACCGAGAGAGGGAGAGAGAUCACCGCGAGAGGGAGCGCCGGCAGAGAGAGAGGGAGAGGGAAAGGGAGCGGGAGCGAGAGAAGGAGAGGAUGAGGCGAAAAGAAGAGUGGGAGCGGGACCGCAUGAAGAGGGACGAGAAGGAGAGGCCGAGGAUGCGUCCUCCUCGAGACACCAGGGAGAAGAAAGAAGAGGACAAACUGAAACCACGCUCUCCCCUCAGCCUACCACCAAACAGACCGAUGGAGCCUCCGUCAAAGAAGGAGGUUGUUCCAGUCAUGAGGCGACCUGAUGAGUGGAAGGACCCGUGGCGUCGGUCUAAAUCCCCCAGGAGACGCCCCGGGCUGGGCUCCCCACCACGAGGCCGCCGGCGACACCGGCCCUCGGGCUCCUCCGUCUCUUUGUCAAACUCCUCCAGGUCUUCAUCUCGCUCUUCAUCCUACACAGGCUCUGGGUCGUCUCAUUCCCGCAGCCGCUCUUCCUCAUUCAGCUCCUACUCUAGCCACUCCUCCCAGCGGAGCUCCUUCAGUGGAAGCCGCUCUAGGUCUCGGUCAUUCUCCACAACUCCCUCACCGAGUCCAGCACAAAGGAUUGCUAAGAACAAACCAGACCUUCCUCCUGCAUUACCUAAAGGCAUGCCGCUGAAGCCGGGUGCCAUGCCCCCUCCUCGCAGGGACAAGCCUCCCAUGAAGAAAGCUCCCAGUCCUCCGCCACCUGGUGGACUGCAGGGCAGGCCUUCCAAACCCAUGCCAGAGGUAGGGAAGCCUCCCGCCAAUCCCCGGGAGCCUGGAGCUGCAGGCGGCGGAGUAGGUGGCGGUGGAGCGGGGAGACCACUGCCACCACGGGAACCUGGAAAACCUCCCACUCCAAGGGAAGAUAGGCGGAAAGAACGGCUGCAGCGUCCUCCUCGGAGGCGAACUGUGAGUGGGAGUGUUAGUGGAAGUGGUAGCAGUUAUAGUGGUUCUAGCUCCAGAUCCAGAUCCUCCUCCAACUCCCUCUCUCGCUCUGGAUCCAGAAAAUCCAGGAAAUCCAGAUCGCUGAGCGUGAGCAGCGUUUCAUCCGUGUCAUCAGCGUCGUCCAGCAGCAGCUCUGUUCGUAGUGCAGACUCGGAUGACAUGUAUGCUGAUCUGGCCAGCCCAGUGUCCUCUGCCAGCUCCCGCUCUCCCACACCAAAUCACCCCCGCAAGGAGCGAGGAGGGCCUGCGCGGGACCGGCCUCCACAUGGCAGAGACAAAAACAGGGAGAGACCAUCAAAGAAAGAUGAACCCUUUAGGGAGGACCGCAGGAAAAUUGACCAAUCUGAUGCCCCACCUCGAGGAGGCAACCCCAUACCCAGAUCAGGACCUGGUAGCAGGGGUGGCCACCCUGUGCAUCCCCCACCCGGCACCAUGGGCCCCCCAGGAAGCUACGGAGGUUCAGGUUCCCACAAAGAUAUCAAACUCACCCUGCUCAACAAGCGACCUCGAGUCCUGCAAAGGUCAUGGGACAGCAGAGGUUCUUCGGGGAAAGCUUAUCAGUUCUCGGGACAGAGCUUGUUGAUGACUCAAAGGCCAACAUUCAGAGAGCAGCAGGGAGAUAAGGGCAACAGGAAGAGAUACAUGCCUUCAGACAAAGACAGGCCAAGUUCCCCCCCCAGCAAGAGAAUGACCGUGUCUCCAGACAGAGGCCGUGAUAAAAGAAUACCUGGCAGACCCCCGCUUUCCCCUCGAAUGGAUCGGCCCAGAGGCCAAGGGCCCCGACCAAUGCCCCCCCAGGGAGACAGAAAACGUCCUCUGUCACCACCACCUAAGUCGUCUGGGAAAGGCCCAGUUGCGCCAUCAGGCAAGCCGGCCACCCCGAACUUCCCUUCAGCCACUGGCUCGGGCUCAGGCUCAGGUUCGGGCUCCAACAAACCCAGCAACACACUGUCCCGCCGUGAGGAGCUGCUGAAACAGCUUAAGGCUGUGGAGGACGCCAUCGCCCGGAAACGAGCAAAGAUCCCCACCAAAUAAAAGCCUGUUCCUCAUCUGUUCGCCUGCCUGCCAGUCUGUCUGCCUGCCUGCCUGCGUGGCCUCGUGAGCCGGGGCAACAGUGAGGGUCAUGGGAUGGAGCGUUUUUUCCCUGCCUUCAAUGGACAUGUAAAAAUGUUGUUUGGUUCAUGUAUAAAGGCUAUUGUGUAAGUGAACAGGAAGUGGCCACCACAAAAACCAUCUUCUGCUUGUUUGCCCUGACAGAGGUUUGCCUCUGCUCCAUUCUAGAGGGUUGUUCACUCCCACAUGCCCGAGUUUAGCUCCCCUUAAAAGUCUUUGAUUUCCUCAUCAACGAGAAACAGGAGGAAAUGUUUGGGCAUCUGGUGAGGGAGGGACGUCUCAGGAAUGGAGUGUAC